AUGGAGAAUACGCUGGCAAGACUAUGGAAGACUCCACAGGAUCUCGCCGACUACAGCUACGAGAUCCAGCAACAAAUCGACAAGAAGUUCGUGGAAGAAGCAGAUAUGGAGUACGAUGGUCACCACACGUAUGUACCAAAUCAUCCAGUUUUCAGAAGAGACAAAAACACGUCGAAGAUUCGCCCAGUUUUUGAUGGAGCAGCUAAAUCGAAAUUUGGGCCAAGCCUGAAUGAAGUGUUAGAAAUCGGACCGAAUUUAAACCCCGCUUUCAGUCAAAAUCCCGAAGAUGCAGAAGCGAUCAGGUAUUUAUGGUCUACGGAGCCAAGUAAAGUUGGGUCCCCGCUGAUGGCUUACAAAUGGUUAAGAGUCCCGUUUGGCUUAAUUCCUAGUACCUUCUUGCUGAGAGCAGCUGUAAACAAGCACCUGAAAUCUGUUUAUUCUAGAUAUCCAGACACGGUGGACCAAUUAAUGGAAAAUGUAUAUGUCGACGAUUAUUUAGGUGGAGCAGACAAAGUCGAAACGGCCAAAACAAGAGUCGACGAGACGAAUAUCCUAUUCAGUGAAGCACAACUCAACAAGAGGAGCUAUGCAACAAAUAGCGAAGAGCUCCGUCAACACCUGGAAGAAAAAGGCCUCGAAAAUCAAGCAGUAGGUCUUCUGUCUCCCUCUUUGGAUAGUCAACAGAAAGUGCUCAGGAUCCGGUGGGAUACUGGAUCCGAUACGUUCCAAUUCGAGCCGUCCACAAUUGUACAAUCAGCUGAAGAGUUCGGCGAAAAAAUCACAAAGAGAAAAAUUUUAAGUAUUUCAUCUAGAAUUUUUGAUCCUUUAGGUUUUCUAGCCCCAACAGUCCUCCUGCUAAAGAUAAUUUAUCAACAGCUUUGGGAGAAAGACGUAGAUUGGGGUAGAGUUGCCUCGGAAGAAAUCCAAAAAUCAUGGAAAGCAGUGAUGAAAGGUGUUAUCAAUUUCAACCAGCUGAAAAUUCCACGCUGGGUAGGAUUUGGAAAAGACAUAGUGGCAGCAGAAUUACACGUGUUCGGAGACGCAUCGGAAGCUGCGUACGGAGCCGUAGCUUACGUCCGGCUUCAAAGAGCAAAUGAAAAGCCGUUCACCACAUUUCUCGUCAGAAAAACGAAAGUAGCGCCUCUACCAAAACGUAAGGUCACCUUACCACGCUUAGAAUUAUUAAGCUCUCUUUUGGCAGUCCGUCUAGGUGAAGCUGUAAGAAAAGCGCUGCACAUUGAAAAAUGGAGAGUGACGUAUUGGUCGGAUUCAUUGGUAACGCUUGGAUGGAUCCGAGGUGACGCUAACAGUUGGAAGCCGUUUGUCCGAAAUCAAGUGGAGACAAUUCAAGGUUUCUCCGAGAAGAAUUGGUGGAAGCACUGCCCAGGAGUCCAGAAUCCAGCGGAUCUUGCUUCGCGGGGAGUGCUGUUAGACUCUCAGCUGUGGUGGCACGGACCCGAAAGGCUGAUCGAAGAAGAAGACAAUUGGCCGGAUUCUACACAAGAAAAGCAAGAUCCAUCCAUUCAAGAAACUAUAGACGCAGAGUCAAGAGGAGCAGUAGUUAACAUCACUGCUGCCGUUGCAAUGCCAACAGAGCCUAUCGACUGGGACUUAGAUUUCGUCUCAACCUGGAAUCGACUUCUGCAGAGUCGAGUCUGCAUUCUUAGGUUCUCCAACAGAAGCAGUAAAAGAACACGUGACCCAGGCGUAGGGCUAACUGAAGCAAUCAAAGUGAAAGAUAAAGUUAUCAGAGUCGCCAGGUUUGCAAGCGAAGAAUUAGACGAGGCGGAGCUGACGAUUUAUAGGCAGCUCCAGAAAGAAAGGUAUCCAAAGGCGUACGAGACACUCCAGCCUGACUACCGAUCCGUCAAAAGAAAAAGAUCGCAGCUCUUAAUCCAGUCUGGGAUGAAAGAGACAAGCUAA